AAAAAAAAAUCCUCGAUUCCCCUUCCCGUUCCAAGGAGAGGAACUUCCAGAAGGAGGCGGCGAGGGCGAGCAGGGAGCGAAAGAGAUGGAGAACGGCGGCAGCAAAGGCGACGUCCCGGAGGACGCCAACGACCAUUGUCCUGGAACGCAGUCGGAGGAGGCGGGAAAGGCCGAUUCCUGCGCCGGGUGUCCUAACCAGCAGAUUUGCGCCACCGCCCCAAAGGGCCCAGAUCCUGACUUGGUUGCUAUUGCUGAGCGGAUGGCUACGGUGAAACACAAGAUACUGGUUUUGUCAGGAAAGGGAGGUGUUGGAAAGAGCACAUUUUCUGCCCAGCUCUCAUUUGCCCUAGCUGAAAUGGACCAUCAGGUUGGCCUCCUCGACAUAGAUAUAUGCGGCCCUAGCAUCCCGAAAAUGUUAGGCCUUGAAGGCCAGGACAUUCAUCAGAGCAACCUUGGGUGGUCACCAAUCUACGUCGAGGCCAACCUUGGUGUCAUGUCGAUUGGUUUUAUGCUGCCUAACCCAGAUGACGCUGUCAUAUGGAGGGGUCCUCGCAAGAACGGAUUGAUCAAACAGUUUCUCAAGGAUGUUGACUGGGGUGAGAUUGACUACCUUGUAGUGGAUGCACCCCCUGGAACAUCAGACGAACACAUCUCAAUCGUCCAGUACCUGCAAGCCACCGAAGUUGACGGCGCGAUAAUCGUGACGACCCCGCAGCAAGUCUCUCUAAUUGACGUGAGGAAGGAGAUCAAUUUCUGCAAGAAGGUGGGUGUACCGGUGUUGGGUGUUGUGGAGAACAUGAGUGGCUUGAGGCAGGCGUUCACAGACCUCAAAUUCGUAAAGCCAGGUCCCGCAGGGGAGACAGACGCCACAGAAUGGGCGAUGAACUACAUCAAGGAGAAGGCACCGGAGCUUUUGUCGGUCAUGGCCUGCAGCGAGGUGUUUGACAGCAGCAAGGGUGGUGCGGAAAAGAUGUGCCAUGAGAUGGGGGUCCCUUUCCUGGGCAAGGUACCGAUGGACCCGCAGCUGUGCAAGGCAGCCGAGGAAGGGAGGUCGUGCUUCGCUGAUCAGAGGUGCAGCGCCAGUGCACCGGCUCUGAAAAGCAUCAUCGACAAGCUGAUCAAAACCAAGUAAGCAGACAAUGUGUUUGUGCCUGUUGGAGAAGUACCACAGUAAAAAAUGUUAUGAUGAUCUCUGAGAACUAUCCUUAUACAAUUAUUUGUGACACGCCCGAGUGGCUUUAAUUCUGUUCUUAGUUUCCCAAAGCUUUUUAGCUUGUGUAUCCGAUUUUUUUUAUAAGCAGUGAACGUUGAUGCGAUAGAUGCAGAAAUUACAGACUUCCAUUUUGCAGAUUAAAAUCGUUUUAAUCUGUUA